GAGGAAGAUGGUGUGUAGGGAGGAUUUUGUGCUCUUCCCGGAUUGAAGCAGCAGCUGGAAGAAAAGAGGAUGGGAAGAAGAGCCCUCUGGACAGCUAAGAAUAACAAGCAACAUUGAAAAGGAAAGCAAACUGAGCCAGAAAUCAAAAUAUUUUCCAUUUCCUUCAGAAACCACACAAUUCUCCCUCUCCUCCAGCCACUCUAAGAAAAAAAGAGAAAAACAAAAAAGAUUUCAAACUGGAAUAAGUAGAUUUUUCAGAACUCAAGGAUACAUUACAUGAAAAGUGAAGGGAGUAUUUUUCAUUCAGUAAAAGAAGGAAAUAUCUGGAAAUCAGUUGGAUGGAAAAGUGAGUAGGAAAGUCACAUAGAGCAGAGAGCCAUGCAGGCCUCGCCCUGUGAGGAAGAAAACGGAUUUAAUGAAAGCAUCACUGAACAAGGGAUAGUCCAUAUUUUUAACCUCUUCAAGAAUAUCACCUGUGGAAAAGCUCUGUACUUGUGUCUAUUGUUGCAAAAGCACAGAUUGCAAAUCAACUAAUUAUGCACAAGAGGAACCACAGAGCAGAAAAGCCAUACAAACCAUCUGAUUCUGGCAAAAGCUUUAGUCAGAACAGCUCCCUUGUGGUUCAUGGAAGGAUCCACACAAGAGAAAAGCCAUAAAAGCAUUCCUAGUGCAGUAAAUGCUUUAGUGAGCAUGGCAACGUGGUGAUACAUCAGAGGAUUCCCAGCAGGGAGAAAACCUAUGACUGUAUUGAUUGUGUGAAAGUUUCAUUAAAAAUUCCCAUAAUACUCACACAGGAGAGAAACCCUUUGAAUGUCCUGAUUGUGGGAAAUGUUACAGCCAAAAUUCCAAUCUGGUGAAACACCAGGGGGGACUCACACAAGAGAAAAACCCUGUGAAUGUCUUGAUUGUGAGAAAUGUUACACCCACAAUUCCAAUCUCAUGACACACCAGGGGACUCUCACAGGAGAGAAACCCUUUGAAUGUCCUGAUUGUGGGAAAGGUUUCAGUCGCUAUUCCAACCUGGUGAGACAUCAGAGUACUCACACAGGAGAGAAACCGUUUGAAUGUCCUGAUUGUGGGAAAAGUUUCAGCCAGAAAUCCAGCCUGGUGAAACACCAGAGGACUCGCACAGGAGAGAAACCCUUUGAAUGUCCUGAUUGUGGGAAACGUUUCAGUCAGAAAUCCAGCCUGGUGAAACACCAGAGGACUCGCACAGGAGAGAAACCCUUUGAAUGUCCGAUCUGUGGGAAAAGUUUUAGUAAGAAUUCCCACUUGGUGACACACCAGAGGACUCACACAGGAGAGAAACCCUUUGAAUGUCCUGAUUGUGGGAAAAGUUUCAGUCAGAAAUCCAACCUGGUGAAACACCAGAGGACUCACACAGGAGAGAACCCCUUUGAAUGUCCUUGUGGAAAAAGUUUCAGUCACUAUUCCAACCUGGUGAUACACCAGAGGACUCAUACAGGAGAGAAACCCUUUGAAUGUCCUGAUUGUGGAAAAAGGUUCAGUGAGAAUUCCCACCUGGUGACACACCAGAGGACUCACACAGGAGAGAAACCGUUUGAAUGUCCUGAUUGUGGGAAAAGUUUCAGUUGCUAUUCCAGCCUUGUGAGACAUCAGAGUACUCACACAGGAGAGAAACCGUUUGAAUGUCCUGAUUGUGGGAAAAGUUUCAGCCAGAAAUCCAGCCUGGUGAAACACCAGAGGACUCGCACAGGAGAGAAACCCUUUGAAUGUCCUGAUUGUGGGAAACGUUUCAGUCAGAAAUCCAGCCUGGUGAAACACCAGAGGACUCGCACAGGAGAGAAACCCUUUGAAUGUCCGAUCUGUGGGAAAAGUUUUAGUAAGAAUUCCCACUUGGUGACACACCAGAGGACUCACACAGGAGAGAAACCCUUUGAAUGUCCUGAUUGUGGGAAAAGUUUCAGUCAAAAAUCCAACCUGGUGAAACACCAGAGGACUCACACAGGAGAGAAACCCUUUGAAUGUCCUUGUGGAAAAAGUUUCAAUCGCUAUUCCAACCUGGUGAUACACCAGAGGACUCAUACAGGAGAGAAACCCUUUGAAUGUCCUGAUUGUGGAAAAAGGUUCAGUGAGAAUUCCCACCUGGUGAUACACCAGAGGACUCACACAGGAGAGAAACCGUUUGAAUGUCCUGAUUGUGGGAAAAGUUUCAGUUGCUAUUCCAGCCUUGUGAGACAUCAGAGUACUCACACAGGAGAGAAACCCUUUGAAUGUCCUGAUUGUGGGAAAAGUUUCAGUCAGAAAUCCAGCCUGGUGAGACACCAGAGGACUCACACAGGAGAGAAACCAUUUGAAUGUCCUGAUUGUGGGAAAAGUUUCAGUUGCUAUUCCAGCCUUGUGAGACAUGAGAGUACUCACACAGGAGAGAAACCCUUUGAAUGUCCUGAUUGUGGGAAAAGUUUCAGUCAGAAAUCCAGCCUGGUGAGACACCAGAGGACUCACACAGGAGAGAAACCAUUUGAAUGUCCUAUCUGUGGGGAAAGUUUCAGUGAGAAUUCCCACUUUGUGACGCACCAAAGGACUCACACGGAAGAGAAAAUGUUUGAAUGUCCUGAUUGUGGGAAAGAUUUUAGUAAGAAUUCUAUCCUAUUGAGAUACUAGAGGACUCACACAGGGGAGAAGUCUUUCAAAUGUUCAGUCUGUGGACGUUACUUCAGUCAUAAAUCAUUGCACACGAGGAAAUUCACAUGAGGUAAAAGUUGAGGAAUUUAGAAAAGCCUUGAAAUUCAUUUGUGAUCUCCCAUUGAAACUGUAGUUGAGAAAUUGACUAUUUGAAUUGUGGUCUGAAUCUUUUUACGUGUCUCAGGACUGGACUUGUAGGUGGAGAGAAAAGGAAAAUGGAAGAGAGCUAACUGCCAAUUUCUGGUUAGUAGCAGCAGCUACUGGAUAUUUCCUUUUGUAGAAGUUGUGGAUUUCCUUAAAAAGGCUUCUGGGUGCUAGUUUUGUAUAUUGAUUAUAUAAUUCCCACAUGUGGAGUUUCACGUCUUUUACCUUGGCUUCCUCCUGAUUUUGAGGCCCAGAAUUCUUCAGCCAGCGUAGAAAAGGUCCUCAAGAUAUAACUGUUAUGGGCCUUGCAAUUAUGGUUGCAUGUUGCAACAGCCGUUAAGUGAGAUUUCUUUCCUAAACUACCCUGAUCUCUCUGAUGCAGCCAUUAAUUGAAGUGUCAGUCACUAAGUGGAACACUGGUGACCUCAGGGUUGGGCAGGCCCAGGUUUGCCUGUUGUAGACAACUCUAGGCCUCCUCCACCCUGUGCUCUGUUUCCCAACCCUUGUCUGCCCAGUUCUUUCCCACCCCAGGGUCUCCACAGGCUUUUUCUCCCUCUCAUUGGGUCCCUGCAUGCCUCACACCUUCUUUCUUUCUAAGAUUUCUGAUCCUCACGUUGGGGAAGGAGGGAAGGGCGUGCAUCCCUGGCCCUUGGGACUGUGUCCUGGAAGCAGCCGUCCCUGGGCCAUGCGGUGCACUUGUGGAAGCGGCUGUCAUUUGGCCAUACUGUCACGCAGAAGAGAGACAAACCUCUCUGUUUUGCUACCUAACUUGAGGGAAAAUAUACAGUUGGAAUGGUUUCAUUGCUGAUAAGGGAAAAAAUGGGCAUUUUCAUUGUUGUUAUGGACAUUAGGUCAAGGGAAGUCGCUCAAAGUUGUGUCAAACGGCGAGAUGGGCAGUGAUUAAGUUUAAUAAUGAAUGAAUUUAAUAAUAAAAAGAUAAUGUGAAGCUCAUUACCCAACUCUUGCUCAGUGAUACAUACGGUGGGUUUCUAACACAUACGAUUGUUAAUUUGUAAUAUGUCUCUUGUGCAAUCUGCAUCUCUAAGUAAUCUAUUUUACUCAGCUUUCCGUCCCUCUUCAUUGAUAAAUUUAAAAAUUCAGUUUCAAUCGUACAUCAGUCCCACCACUCUCUGCCUCUGAUGACGUGAGCUGCAGUUAGGCUUCUGCCUCUUAAUUUAUUGUUGCAUUGCUAUCUGCCCUAGUCCUAAAUUCUAUGAAAAUACAGCAAUUCAUUAGGCACAGUUUAAAAAAUUAGAAUGGCUAACUGGAUAUGUUUUGAUUGGCAUCCUUCUCAGAUUCAGCGAUUAUCUUCUCCGUCAUUGCCAGUCUUAUGGGGAAAUUAGGACAUUUCAAACUGGACAACUAAGCUAUGGUUUCUCUCUAAAACAGCCAUUUGUUUUUUCAGUCGGAUUGUAGCCUUUGAACAUGAAAGAAUCACAGAGGAUCUCUCUGAUUUCCCUGAUGAUUUUCCAAAUUCUGAAGCAGAUUUGAUAGACAUCAUGGAAGUUCAGGUCCCCGUGGAUGGCAACAAUGAAUGACACAAAUGUUCAAAAAAUGUCGGGAGUGAAUUUCGUUAACGUAAGAAUAUGUCGGCUGCUCAGUCUGAAAGCUCGUCCUGAGUGUGGCACUCUGGGCAUUUGAAGGUGCCUGUGAUCCCUCUUGGUUCUUCUGGGUCCUGUCCCCCCUGAUUUUAUUCCUUCUUUUAAAAGUCUGAGAAUUUCACAAGUUAUUUAAUUAAAGUAAACUUCUGUUUCCACAAAUGCUUCUGGAGAAAAAGAAAUGAUGGGCAGUUGUAACAAGCCAGAAUGGGUUUGUUAAGAAUGUGAUGCCAUUAAGGUCCCUUGGUUGUUGAUUAGAGCACGCAAUGAGCGAUGUUGAAAUUGGCAGAUGGCCAUUUGACACUCCAUAGAAUCAAUUACAGGUCUCCUUCUCAAAGAUUUAAUGGGGAGGUCUCCUCGGAUGCAUUCACGGAGAAACAUUAGCUCUAAUCAAUGACCAACAUAGGUGGAUAGAGGUUUGUAAGACACGGGUCCAAGACUAUCAUGAGCGCUGCAACAUGGAAUUAACAUACCAGCACUUCGUUGCACUUGACCGCCAGAAUCAUCAAGCCACUAUGAGGGCAAGCUGCCAGACAACCACGACACUCCAAUACAAGUUGGAAACGCUAUAGAUGUUGGAGAACUGUGAUUACAC